AUGUUCAUCACCCACACCAUCAUCUUCAUCAGUGACACCUCUGUCUUCAUCACCCACACCUUCACUUUCAUCCUCAAUACCAUCAUCGGCAUCAUCUUUGUCAUCACCAUCUUCAUCACCCACACCAUCAUCUUCACCACCAACCCCAAUCAACACCAACAAACACCAUCACCAUUACACACCACCAUGGACACCGUUACCACCACACCACCCACACCUUCAUCCUCAUCACCCACACCUUCAUCUUCAUCACUACCAGCAUCAUCACCAGUCAACUCCAACACAACCAACACCGUCACUGUGACACUGAUAGCAUCAUCAUCAUCAUCAUCAUCUAUAGUCAUCACCACCAUCACUGAACACAUCAUCAUCAUCACCACCAUCACCAUGGCCACCAUCUUCAUCACCCAACUCCAUCAUAAUCAUCACACGACCAUCAACACCAUGCCCUUCAUGAUGGUGACCCCUUCAUGGCUCAAUGUCCCUCCCAGCCUGUUGGAGAACCAGAUGCUGCCCUGGAUGAUUUUGGGGCUGCGCCAGGCCGGGGGCUUCACCCGCUGGUUGGGGGUCGAGUGCUCGAGUGCAGAUGAGGCUCUGGCAGCUGCAGGGGCAGGGGCUGACAUCGUCCUGCUGGACAACCUGGCCCCCCAGACCAAGACAGGAAGAGAGCUGGCUGGUGGUCUGCACAUCUUCCUGGCCACCUGUGGGCACCUGGAUGCAACAGGACCCCAAGGGGACGUGGCCAUGGAUGGUGACAUGGACAUGGAUGGAGACAUGGGGGUGACAUGGACACGAGUGGGGACAUGGAGAGCCAAGACUGGGGGCAUGGUGGGGAUACGGGCAUGGAUCUACCAGGGCACAGCACAGAUCCAGCGAGUGAUCAUUGCCCGUGAGCACCUGGGCAGGUCGAACAUAGUCCCUACCCUGCUGGCCUCACUCAUCCACUGUCACAAAAAGUUCUCCUCCAUCCACUCCAAAACCUUCCUGCACUGCCUCUUUGCCGCUUCUCCCUCUCCCCUGCCGGGCCGGGCCAUGCCUCGGGCCCACCCCCGGCCCCGGGCGGGGCUGCCCCGUCCCUGCCCCCGGGCAUCCCGCCGCGGUCUCGCCUUCGCCCGGCUCUGGCAGUGCUGGAGAUGGCGCUGCUGGGCGGGCAUCAGUGCCUGGGGCUGGGGCAGCAUUGCUGGCCUUUGGCUGCGCCUUUACCGAGCCCAGCCCCGGCCCCGGCCCCGGCCCCGGCCCCGGCCCCGGCCCCGGCCCCGGCCCCGGCCCCAGCUCGUCCCUGGGCCCGCAGAGGACACAGGCGGCGCGGCCGCUCCCGCCGCCUCCACUGCGGCUUCCCCGGCCCAAGCUCCUCCGCUUGGCAGCGCGGCCGCUGGCCCUGAGCCGCUGCUGUCCCGUUGCCAGGAGCAAAUGCCUGGGGAUGCCCAGCCCGGGCCGCUCGAGGGGCGCUCGGGGGCCGUUCCUGGCCCCGGGCCGAGCGCUGACAGCCGCGUCUCGCCGGCAGGGAAGGCGCAGCAGGCCCUCCAGGAGCAGAACCGCCUGGGUUCGCUGCUGGGCCACGGCGGCUUCGGCAGCGUCUGGGCGGCCACACGGCUCUCAGACCGUGCCCCGGUGGCCAUCAAAAGGGUGCCACGGAACCGUGUCCGGCAUUGGGGUGAGCUGCCCAACGGCACCAGCGCACCACUGGAGAUCGUGCUGCUGCACAAGGUCUCCACUGGCUUCCCUGGUGUCGUCCAGCUGCUGGAGUGGCUGGAGCUCCCCAAAGACAUCAUUAUCAUCAUGGAGCGCCCGGAGCGUUCUCAGGACCUCCAGCACUUCAUUCGGGCACGGCGGUUCCUGUGCGAGGAGGUGGCGCGGGAGCUGUUCCGCCAGGUGCUGGAGGCCGUGCGGCACUGCACCAGCUGCGGGGUCCUGCACCGCGACCUCAAGCCAGGGAACAUCCUGCUUGACCUGGCCACCGGGCAGGCCAAAUUGAUCGAUUUUGGCUGUGGCACCUACCUACAAGACACAGCCUAUACUCACUUUGCAGGAACACCGUCAUACAGUCCCCCGGAAUGGAACCAGUUUGGCUGGUACUAUGGACAGCCAGCUACCGUCUGGUCCCUGGGCAUCCUGCUGCACCAGAUGGUGUGUGGGGAGCACCCUUUCAGGAGGGGCCACAAGAUCAGCUGGGACCAUCAGCUCUUGCUGCCACCACGGCUCUCUCAAGAGUGCCAAGAUGUCAUCCGGCGGUGUUUAUCCAUGCUGGAUGUGGACCGGCCUUCAGUAGAAGACCUGUUGUGUCAUCCCUGGAUGCAGGAUAGUCAUCUGCCAUAG